GGGCUCCAACCAUCAUCUCCGUGGCGAGAAAAGCAGGCAUCUUUCCUCGAAAACCCUAACCAGAAAUACGUAUACUUUCCUCCUUCCCAAGAAAGCUACCAUGGCUGGAAUUGGUCCGAUCACGCAGGACUGGGAGCCGGUUGUGAUCCGUAAGAAAGCACCAAACGCAGCUGCCAAGAAGGACGAGAAGGCCGUCAACGCCGCCCGCCGGAGCGGGGCGGAGAUCGAGACCUUGAAGAAGUCUAAUGCUGGCAGCAACAAAGCAGCUUCAAGUAGCACAACGUUGAACACAAGAAAGCUUGAUGACGAAACUGAAAACCUUUCUCAUGAAAAGGUGUCUACCGAGCUGAAGAAGAAUCUCAUUCAAGCUCGAGUAGAUAAGAAGCUAAACCAGACACAGCUCGCACAGUUGAUCAAUGAGAAGCCCCAGGUGAUUCAAGAGUAUGAAUCCGGAAAGGCAAUCCCAAAUCAGCAGAUCAUCAACAAACUCGAAAGAGUCCUUGGAGUGAAACUACGCGGUAAAAAAUAACGUUUCGGCUAUGGGGUAAACUAAUAAACAAUGCCUUCUCGAUAGUAUGUAUUGAGUUAUUGGGUUGUUUAUGUGUGUGUGUGUGUGUGCUGCUUAUGUGAAUCUACCUGUUUCUCAUGUUAUUGUAUACUCCCAAGAACUACUUAUUUUAGACCCUUAAUGACUUUCAUGAGUCAAUGUGCAUCUUUUUUG